CUAGCAAAAAUAUCUACACUAUCCGACUACAUGCCGUUACCAAUCGAAUUUACCCCCGUCACACCUGUUGCGGCAUGCCAUAACUUUUACUCGAUAUAAUGCAACAUAGAUCCUAGCAACCGGAAAGCGUUCCGGUAACCCGAGCAAUGUCAAGCAGUAGAUUGUUUAUUUUGCUACAUGGUUAUUUUGUGAAAAGAUUAUAGAUUACAGGAAUUUUCGAAAAAAACAACUACCCGUUCUCUUUCUUCAAUGGCCGAACGCAACGUGGAACUGCAAACGACCUUAGUUCGCUACAACAAUCCGGUGCUUGUUGUUAAGCAUGUCGAAAAGAAGGAAACCCCUCCGGAUGUUGCAAAGGAGCAACUUGGUCGUCCCGGUUCAGGUGGAGCUGUGAUCGUCGAGAGUCCACGAGAAACGGAAGAAAUUUUAAACUGUAUUCUACCGCCGAAGACCUGGGAAGAGGAUGGCCAACUGUGGACGCAAACUGUUUCCAGUACACCAGCUACGCGACAGGAUGUAAUCAAUCUCCAGGAGAUGCUGGAUACCAGACUCCAACAGACGCAAGCUCGCGAAACGGGGAUCUGUCCUGUAAGGAGGGAACUUUACACCCAGUGUUUCGAUGAAUUAAUCCGACAGGUCACCAUAAACUGUACCGAGCGAGGGUUGCUGCUGCUGAGAGUACGGGAUGAGAUCGCUAUGUCGAUGGAAGCGUACGAGACACUCUACUGCAGCUCGGUUUCGUUUGGUAUCCGGAAAGCUCUUCAAGCUCAGGAAGGAAAGGAAAAAUUGCAGGAACGGAUUCUACUGCUGGAAAAAGAAAAGGAUACGUUAGAGAGCUCCAUAAGCGACAUGACGAUUAAGGCAGAUCAGGCAGAAAGAAGGAAUGCUGAGUUGAGGGCGUCUGAAGAGAAGAAACAUGCGGAAGAGAUCGCGUUCCUAAAGAAGACUAACUCACAACUGAAGGCUCAACUGGAAGGAAUUAUAGCACCGAAGAAAUAGAUGAAUGUAAACCAUCAUAGAUAACUAGAAUUGUUUAGAAUACAAAAAUCUCUUUUAUUACAUAAUCUGAAGAAAUGCAUUUGUUUUCUAACAACUUUAUU